GAUCACUUGAUGCGCGGCGGGGAAACGCUGCUGAAGUCUGACAACAAACUGCGAUAUCAUGUGCUAAUAACGCCGUUGCCGUGGCCCCGCGAGGGUUUCAGCUCGACUCGGUUUCAUGCGCGCUGGUGCCCGGACUCCGUCAAACCUCCGCGGUAGCUACAAUGAGCUCCGAGCACCACAGCGACUCCGCUGAGUCAAAGGACAGGCCGCAGGACAGCGGCGUUUCCGACCGAGAAGACGAGCCGGCGGUGGAAGAGUCGGACGAGGACGAUGGCGUUGAGCCGAGAGACACGGACCAGCGGUCGCCGAGCAGCGGGGAAAGAACCAAGCCGACGCCGCCCGAGAAGCCAGAGGAGCCGCAGAGCGGCAGCAAGUCGGACAGUCUGUUCUCAUGGCUGCAGAGCAGGACUAUCAGAAGGGGGUUGUUUGUGGACCCUGCCAGGGACAACUACAGGACACUGACCAGCCUGUACUGCUCCAUGAAUCCGGCGGUGGAGUCGGUGAACCUGAGCACGCAGACCCACGGAGCCGUGUUUAACCUGGAAUACUCGCCGGACGGGUCCGUUCUGACUGUGGCCUGCGAGCAGACCGAGGUUCUGCUGUUCGAUCCGGUCUCCUCCAGACAUAUCAAAACUCUGACGGAGGCGCACGAUGAUUGUGUCAACAACAUCAGGUUUUUGGACAAUCGCUUGUUUGCCACGUGCUCGGAUGACACCACCAUCGCGUUGUGGGAUCUGCGGAUGCUCAAUUCGAAAGUUUGCUCGCUGCACGGCCACGCCAGCUGGGUGAAGAACAUCGAGUACGACACCAACACCCGCCUCCUGGUCACCUCUGGCUUUGACGGCAACGUGAUCACAUGGGACACGAACAGGUUCACUGAGGACGGUUGCCCACACAAAAAGUUCUUCCACACCAGAUACCUGAUGAGGAUGCGUUUGACUCCCGACUGUUCCAAGAUGCUCAUAUCCACAUCUUCAGGUUAUCUCCUCAUUCUUCAUGACCUGGACCUCACGCAGUCCCUGGAGGUGGGAAGCUACCGCAUGCUGCGAGCACGCCGGACACCGCUCACUUCUGAUGGAGGCACGUCUGCAUCCAGGUCAGCCGGGACUCUUCGUCAGGGAAACGACUCCAGCAAGAUCCAUCCUCACAGAGAAGGUAUUUCCCCCAGGAACAGUCUGGAGGUCUUGACUCCGGAGAUCCCUGGAGAGAAAGACAGAGGAAACUGCAUCACGUCCCUGCAGCUGCACCCUAAAGGCUGGGCCACGCUGAUCCGCUGCUCCAGCAACAUGGACGACCAUGAGUGGACGUGCGUGUACGAGUUUCAGGAAGGAGCCCCGACCCGCCCGCUCGUGUCCCCGCGCUGCUCGCUCCGCCUCACCCACUACAUCGAGGAGGCCAACGUGGGGAGGGGCUACAUCAAGGAGCUGUGCUUCAGUCCUGACGGACGUCUCAUCUGCUCGCCGUACGGCUACGGCGUCCGCCUGCUGGCCUUCGACGAACAUUGCGGCGAGCUGGCCGACUGCAUGCCUGUUCAGACCAGCUGCCUCCGGGAGAUCCGUUCCAUUUACUCCCACAGCGACGUGGUUCUGACCACCAAGUUCUCCCCAACACACUGUCAGCUGGCCUCGGGCUGCCUCAGCGGGCGCGUGGCUCUGUACCAGCCCAAGUUUUAGUGGACACUAGAGACAUCACAGCAGGAUUAUUCACUGCCCCUGUAAAUACAAUUACACUCUUAUUUAAGCGACCCAAUAGUGCGAAAAGAGCCUGAAACUAAAUUAAAAUCAGUUCAACGUUCACAUUCAGCGAGCUUCAGCUGACUUGCUGUGAUAUCCGGCGGACAAUCUGCGCAGUAUUUGGCACCUUAAUCUAGAUUUUGAAGUCAUUUGUGUAGCUGUGGGAAUGAAUCCUGGGAUGCAAAACAUUGGAAGAGACAGUGCUUCAAACCUGCACAUGCAACAUGGGGUCACAGCAUCACCCACCGGUGUGUGAGAGAAUCAAACGUUCAGGACGGAAACAUUGUCCGUGUGUGUGUUUGGAGGGUACGUGUGUGUGUGUGUGUGAGAGUGUCGCUCUCAGCCGCUCAUGCCUUUUUUCACUGGUGCUGCUUUUGUGAUCAUACAAUCGUUCGAUGGACCUUCUCUUUCUCUCCCCACUUUGGCUGAUGUCCACACCUCUGCAGGAGCCACGUUAGCGCACUCAUGUUUUUGUUUGUUUUUUGUGGAAACGUAUUGUUUUCUAAUUAACUGCUCUGUCUUUCAUCGUCCUUUUUGUAAAAAAAUGAUUCAAUGUGUGUUAUUAAAACGAUCAGCAUUUCCACAACAGUAUUUUUUUUAACCAUUAUUUUUACAGUUUCGAUUCUAAUUCAAGCUUUCUAAUCUCAGAUCUUUGGUUUGCUGUAGAUGUGAAGAACAUGAUGCAGUUCGAGAAACUACUAUGCAGAGCUAGCUUUCUGUCCCUAGGGGGCGCAGCUUCUUCUUUGUGCACUCUUGGCAAAAAAAUAAACUAAAACUGAUUUUUAAAAAUGUAAGAAAUGUUUUUGGCCCAUAAAUUUACCUUCUUUCUACAUGAAGGCGAGCGGAUCUUCCUGCUGUGUUUCUGCUACUGUUUUCCACUGAUUCAAGUGUGUAUUUGGAUUUCAACGUUGUUUUGAAUGUACACACUCUACACUGUACUUUUAAUCCUCAAGACGAUUUAUAGUCGAAUUAUACCUGGUACUCUGCAUCACUGAAUAAAACAU